GAGUCAGCCCCGACUGCGACAGCCAACGCUUUCGCUCCGCAGCCCGCCAAGGGUGGGGUUUGGCCCGCGAGGGGCGCUGGAAGUGGCCAGGCCAGAGAAAUUCCUUCCAUUUCCCCGCCGGCUGCGGGGAACGGGUUCCAGGAGCUCCGGAUCCCGGCUGCCAGCAGACCCAGCCCGGAGGGACCGGCAGCGUGCCCUGCAACCCUUCGUGGGACUGAGGGGAGCGUCCGAAUCCGGGGAGGGUCCCAUGGAUUCGGGUCGCCGUUGGGGUCUGGACUCGGUCCGUGUCCCCGCAGCCCUUUCUCUCCUGACAGUGGCUUUACACUUGGGAAGAGCGGUACUUCCAGAGUGUGGUCGGAGUUGAGGGCAAGGCGCAACUCCUCCUUAACUUGGGCACAUUCGGUUUUUAUGCCCGUUUUCCAUAGGUUUCAUAGGAAGGCUGCCGAGGUGAUUUAAAUGAUUUUUAAUUUGGGUUGGGGCUAUUAUCAUGGGCAUUUUGGGAAAACGCAGGCCGAGCCAUGGUAGGUAGAUUCUCAACAUGUAUAUCCAGAGAUGGAUACAGACUGCUGUGGGACCCCACGGCUUGAUCCUAGAUCUACUCCAAGUAACAUUUUAGAUCAGUGACUGGGAUACGGCCUACAAAGGAAGCCUGCUGACUCUAGUGACCAGAGAUGGGAGGAAUGACAAGUGUACAGUUCGAUAAAAUCAAGACUCUAGACGAUGGUGUCUGGGCAGAAGGAUGGGCCAAGACCAACAAGAUGAAUGUGACUGAUGAGAAGAGUUGAGGCCCGUUCUGGAGUGCCAGGGAUGGAAACCAGGGCCUCAUGCAUGCCAUGCACAAGCGCUUUACCACUAAGCCCAAGAGAUUAUGUAAUUUACCCAGGGGGCCUCCACCAUGGACAGAGGCCAGCCCCAGCCCCCCCCUGGUAGCCCGGCUCCUUCUGCCAGGCCCUGAAGGCCGAGGGAAUGGUGUGAGUGUCACCAUUCCAUCCAGAGUGGAUCUCUGAGGGUUGGAGCAGAUCCAGAAGAGAAAAACUGAGAUGCCCUGUAUCCAAGCCCAAUAUGGGACACCAGCACCAAGCCCAGGACCCCGUGACCACCUCCCAAGCGAUGCCCUGACCCCUGAGCUCAGCAAGCCCACCAUGGACCUGGCCAGCCCUGAGGCGGCCCCGGCGGCCCCCACUGCCCUGCCCAGCUUCAGCACCUUCAUGGACGGCUACACGGGAGAGUUUGAUACCUUCCUCUACCAGCUGCCUGGGACAGCCCAGCCAUGUUCCUCGGCCUCCUCCUCCGCUUCCUCCACAUCCUCAUCCUCGGCCACCUCCCCUGCCUCUGCUUCCUUCAAGUUUGAGGACUUCCAGGUGUACGGCUGCUACCCUGGCACCCUGAGUGGCCCACUCGAUGAGACCUUAUCCUCCAGUGGCUCUGACUACUAUGGCAGCCCCUGCUCUGCCCCAUCGCCAUCCACACCCAGCUUCCAGCCACCCCAGCUCUCUCCCUGGGAUGGCUCAUUUGGCCACUUCUCCCCCAGCCAGACUUACGAAGGCCUGCGGGCAUGGACAGAGCAGCUGCCCAAGGCCCCUGGGCCCCCGCAGCCACCGACCUUCUUCUCUUUCAGUCCUCCCACUGGUCCUAGUCCCAGCCUGGCCCAAAGCUCCCUGAAGUUACUCCCCUCACAGGCCACACACCAGCUGGGGGAAGGAGAGAGCUAUUCCAUGCCAGUGACUUUCCCAGGCCUGGCACCCACUUCCCCACACCUGGAUGGCCCAGGGAUGCUGGAUGUGCCUGUGACCUCAACCAAGGCCCGGAGCGGGGCUCCAGGUGGAAAUGAGGGCCGCUGUGCUGUGUGUGGGGACAAUGCUUCGUGCCAGCAUUACGGUGUCCGCACCUGUGAAGGCUGCAAGGGCUUCUUCAAGCGCACAGUGCAGAAAAGCGCCAAGUACAUCUGCCUGGCAAACAAGGACUGCCCUGUGGACAAGAGGCGGCGGAACCGCUGCCAGUUCUGCCGCUUCCAGAAGUGCCUGGCUGUGGGCAUGGUGAAAGAAGUUGUCCGGACAGACAGCCUGAAGGGGCGGCGGGGCAGGCUGCCUUCAAAACCCAAGCAGUCCCCGGAUGCCUCCCCUGCCAAUCUCCUUACCUCCCUUGUCCGGGCACACCUGGACUCAGGGCCCAGCACUGCAAAACUGGACUACUCCAAGUUCCAGGAGCUGGUGCUGCCCCACUUCGGGAAGGAAGAUGCUGGUGAUGUGCAGCAGUUCUACGACCUGCUGUCGGGUUCGCUGGAGGUUAUCCGCAAGUGGGCAGAGAAGAUACCUGGCUAUGCUGAGCUGUCUCCGGGCGACCAGGACCUGUUGCUGGAGUCGGCCUUCUUGGAGCUCUUCAUCCUCCGCCUGGCCUACCGGUCUAAGCCAGGCGAGGGGAAGCUCAUCUUCUGCUCAGGCCUGGUGCUGCAUCGGCUGCAGUGUGCCCGUGGCUUUGGCGACUGGAUCGACAGUAUCCUGGCCUUCUCACGGUCCCUGCACAGCUUGGUAGUUGAUGUCCCUGCCUUUGCCUGCCUCUCUGCUCUCGUCCUCAUCACCGAUCGGCAUGGGCUACAAGAGCCACGGCGGGUGGAGGAGCUGCAGAACCGCAUUGCCAGCUGCCUGAAGGAGCACAUGGCGGCCAUAGCCGGUGAGCCCCAGCCAGCCAGCUGCCUGUCUCGUCUUCUGGGCAAAUUGCCUGAGUUGCGAACCCUGUGCACCCAGGGCCUACAGCGCAUUUUCUACCUCAAGCUGGAGGACUUGGUGCCCCCUCCACCCAUUGUUGACAAGAUUUUUAUGGACACACUGCCCUUCUGAUUCCAACCCUGAACGCGCAUGCACAUGCGUGCUCUUAUGCCACCCCACGUGCCUUUAGCCCACGGAUCCCCAGAGCACCCCCAUAGCCUGGGCUCAAACUGCAGACUGACCCACCUCCUCACCUGCUCCAGGAGGUCAACAGAGAGCUCAAGCCCUGUGGGAGGGGGAUGCAUUCAUGGGGGUGACCCCACUGUCUUAUUCCCCCAGCCCAACCCUGGCCUUCAUGUUUUUUGUAAGAUAAAACAUUUUUAACACUUGCCUCUGUGCUGUAAAUAAGCUUAAUGCUGCUGUAAAUACAGGAAGGAAGAGGUUAAGUGGGGGUUGGGAAGAAGGGAUGGGGCCCCCAUCUGCCUGGGCAAGCCUUUCCAAGCCCUUUCUUCCCACCCUCCUUCCACAUGUACAUAAACUGUCACUUGAGGAAGAAGACAAAUGACAGAUUCUGACAUUUAUAUUUGUGUAUUUUUCCUGGAUUUAUAGUAUGUGACUUUUCUGAUUAAUAUAUUUAAUAUAUUGAAUAAAAAAUAUACAUGUAGCUGAAAUUGA